UCUGCUCAUCCUGUCAUCUGUCGUUACUUUUUAGUAGUUGUGUUUUUGUUUUAGUUGAUUUAGGGCUACGGCAUUUACCUCUCCCCAAAUGGAAAUCAGGAAGUUGAAACGGUGGCACAAGACAUACUAACACUCAAAGAGGAAAAGUUGUCGAUCUCAAAUACUCACAACAAACUAAGAGAAGCUUUAACUGCUCUAAAGUACGUAGACGAUAGGAACACUUGGGUGGAAAUCGGAUCCAUAUACAUACAACUACCAACCGAAGAGGCCAAGUGUCUGUUACAAGAUGAAAUUGGGAAAGCAGAGGACGAUUUAAAGGAUCUACAAAAUAAAAUUCGAUCGAAGUCGCAGGAUCUUAGAGAUUUAGAACACCAACCUAGAAUAGAGGGACUAACGUUAAAACCUAUAUCUAAUAUUGAAGCUAAAGCUCUGAAUAAGGCAUUUGGAUUUAGUUAAAGGUAAAUCGUCAGUAUUCUAAGGGAAUAUUUGGAUUUAACAUUGCCGCUAAAUAUAGUGGUGGUAUUUUGUAUAUUUAAAAUCCAAUCCAUCUAAUUUGUCGAGUUGCAUAAAAAUGCCCAGUGCCUCUUUUAUGGCGUCCAGGUCGUAUGUGAGGAGGUCCAGACGGAAAGGGGCCAACAGGAUACCUACACCAUCUAGAACAACUUCAGCGGAACCAUGCGAGCCCUCGUGUCCAAUACAACCGAACCAGAACAUUCCAGCAUCUUUUCAGGCUUUUCCUCAUUUACCGAGUGUUAGUAGCACAAGCAGUGGAGGUGGUGGAGCAGUACCCGCUCAUCAUUCCCCAUAUGAUUUAAGGAGGAAGUCGCCAUCCCACCACGAUGGUCCAGGACCCAGUACUAGCGCAGCUACCGCAGGCUCUCCCACUUCUCCUGCUACUCCGACGAUCCCCGCUCAAGGAUACACUUCAGUCAUGCUGCCUGCUAGAAAGAGGCCCAGAAGAACUUGCUCCGCAUCAUACGAGAAUUGCACUAACACAGCUGCUCAUUACUUGCAGUACGAGCUUCCAGAUGAAGUUUUGCUCACUAUUUUUAACUAUUUAUUAGAGCAAGACUUGUGUCGCGUUAGUCAGGUGUGUAAGAGAUUUCAAGCCAUUGCCAACGAUACCGAGAUUUGGAAACGUUUGUAUCAAAGUGUAUAUGAAUACGAUUUGCCAUUAUUCAAUCCGGCUCCGUGUCGUUUCGAAUUUAUAAGUCCCGAGGAAUCAGAUUUGGCUAAUCCGUGGAAGGAAUCGUUUAGACAGUUGUACAGAGGAAUUCACGUUCGUCAAGGCUAUCAGGAUAUUACUUUCAAAGGUCGUAAUUUGGUCUAUUUCAAUACCGUUCAAGGAGCUCUCGAUUACGCUGACGAACGUAGCGGUUCCAACAGUAGCACUGGUUCAGUAUCUGGUUCUUGCAGUAAUCAUUCCGCCGAAGGUUCAUCACAAGGAGCUUUAAUCUUUCUUCACUCUGGAACAUACCGCGGAGAAUUUCUUGUUAUUGAUUCCGACAUUGCUUUAAUUGGUGCUGCCUCUGGAAAUGUUGCAGAGUCUGUCAUCCUCGAAAGAGAAUCCGAAUCAACUGUUAUGUUUGUAGAAGGAGCGAAGAACGCUUACGCUGGCCAUUUAACUUUGAAGUUUUCUCCAGAUGUCACAUCGACUGUUCCACACCACAAACACUAUUGUCUUGAAGUGGGCGAGAAUUGUAGUCCCACGAUCGAUCACUGUAUUAUUCGUAGCACGUCUGUGGUAGGAGCUGCUGUUUGUGUGAGUGGAGUAGGUGCUAAUCCAGUUAUAAGACAUUGUGAUAUUAGCGAUUGCGAAAACGUGGGCCUAUAUGUAACAGAUUAUGCACAAGGCACUUAUGAGGAUAACGAAAUUAGUCGGAAUGCUUUGGCUGGUAUUUGGGUAAAAAAUUACGCAAACCCUAUCAUGCGCCGGAACCAUAUACACCACGGGCGAGAUGUUGGUAUAUUCACAUUCGAUAAUGGUCUCGGUUAUUUUGAAGCGAAUGAUAUUCACAAUAAUCGAAUAGCUGGUUUCGAAGUUAAAGCUGGUGCUAAUCCUACAGUUGUCCAUUGUGAAAUACACCAUGGACAAACUGGAGGAAUAUACGUGCACGAAAACGGACUAGGACAGUUCAUCGACAAUAAAAUUCAUUCAAAUAACUUUGCAGGGGUGUGGAUAACAUCAAAUAGUAACCCUACGAUCCGUAGAAACGAAAUAUACAACGGACACCAAGGUGGAGUUUAUAUAUUCGGAGAAGGUAGGGGUUUGAUCGAACAUAAUAAUAUUUACGGAAACGCUCUCGCUGGAAUACAGAUCCGCACUAACAGUGAUCCAAUAGUAAGACACAACAAAAUACAUCACGGACAACAUGGAGGAAUCUAUGUACACGAAAAGGGCCAAGGACUAAUCGAAGAAAACGAAGUGUAUGCAAACACUCUAGCUGGAGUUUGGAUAACUACUGGAAGUACACCUGUUCUAAGAAGGAACAGAAUCCAUUCCGGAAAACAAGUAGGUGUUUACUUUUAUGACAAUGGCCAUGGUAAAUUAGAAGAUAACGAUAUCUUCAACCAUCUUUACUCUGGUGUACAAAUUAGAACCGGAAGUAAUCCGGUCAUUAGAGGAAACAAAAUUUGGGGAGGGCAAAAUGGAGGUGUGUUAGUGUACAAUGGAGGGCUUGGUUUGUUAGAACAAAACGAAAUAUUUGACAAUGCCAUGGCAGGUGUUUGGAUUAAGACUGAUUCGAAUCCUACAUUAAAAAGAAAUAAGAUUUUCGAUGGACGUGACGGAGGUAUAUGCAUUUUUAAUGGAGGAAAGGGUGUAUUGGAAGAGAAUGAUAUAUUUAGAAACGCUCAAGCGGGCGUUUUAAUUUCAACUCAAAGUCAUCCGGUAUUGAAACGUAACCGUAUCUUUGACGGUCUUGCAGCGGGUGUUGAAAUUACCAACAACGCUACAGCUACAUUAGAAUUUAAUCAAAUUUUCAACAAUCGAUUCGGCGGGUUGUGUUUAGCAAGCGGGGUCCAGCCGAUCGUCCGCGGCAACAAGAUAUUCAACAAUCAAGACGCCGUCGAAAAAGCCGUGGCUAACGGACAGUGCUUGUACAAGAUCUCCAGUUAUACUUCAUUUCCGAUGCAUGACUUCUACAGAUGUCAGACGUGUAACACGACCGACAGAAACGCCAUCUGUGUGAACUGUAUUAAAACUUGCCAUGCUGGUCACGAUGUCGAAUUCAUUCGACACGACAGAUUUUUCUGUGAUUGUGGUGCCGGUACCCUCACUAAUCAGUGCCAGUUACAGGGUGAACCUACUCAGGAUACGGACACCUUGUAUGAUUCGGCAGCACCUAUGGAGUCUCAUACACUUAUGGUUAAUUAGGGGCUCUUCAUAUAUUGGCCGCCUCCGUACUAUGUUAGUAUUUAGAACAUCAAGUGUUCGAAAAGUACUGAUUAUUAGUGUGUUUAUGACCGACGUUUUAAUUUUAUAAUUUUUUCAAGCCAUCAAUUUGAUUAUCUAUUUAAGCUUCCUAUAUAUACGAAGUUCAUUCGUAAAAAAGGUUUUCUACGCCGCUGAGAUAGAGUGCGAAAUGUUUGGAGAAAUCUGGCAACACUGCCUUACACAUCAACUCUCUCUCUCUCUUUCUUACCUCACCGCUUUCGCACUUUCGCCUCUAUACAUCGCUCAGUGUCGGCGUACCAGCCUUCGCAGAUGGAGGUCCCGGUCCCUGUUACCGCCAAUAUGAAAUUCAUACUGUGAUGCCUUUUUUAAAUGCAAAAUGGAUUUCAUCUGUUGACAUUAAUCGUCAGUUAAUCGCAAUUUAUGGGCAAAGAUGCAUAUCUGUUCAACAUGCUCGCAAAUGAUGUAAAGACUUCAGUGAAGGCCGAACGGCAAUUCACGAUGAAUCUAAAGCCUUCCGCUCCGAUCUUGUCCGACCAUUUACCAUGUUGAACAGAUAUGCACUUUUACCCGUAAACUUUGAUUAAGUGCCGAUGAUUGUCAAUAGGUGAAAUCCAUUUUGCAUUUAAAAAACGUAUAACAGCAUGAAUUUCAUAUCGAAGCGACGGGACCUCGAUCUUCGAACGCUGCUAGGCCGACACUGAGCAAUGCAGCAAGGCGAAAGUGGUGAGGUUAGAGAGAGGAAGAUUUGAUGUGUAAGGCAGUGAUGCCAGAUUUUUCCCAGUACGUCUAAUUUUUUCUCAGCGACGUAUGGAACCUUUUUUUACGAAUUGCCGUCGUAUAUUAUAUACAAUUAUAAAUAUAACAAUGCUUUGUAGAUGUGUAAAUAUUUUAGCUGCGCAAUUUAGAUGUAAAAAUUGACGAUUAAACAAGAUUAAGCUUUUUUGUGGGAUACAUGUUGUUUUAUUAAAUAUUGUAAUUUUGAAAAACUCUAAAAUCGAAGUGAAAACUUCUGUUUUAAUUGGUAAAUAUAUUUAAUUAAAAAUUCAAGUGAGACUACAUACUUGAAGUAUAUCAACGACAUAAACUCGAUGAAAAUGGAUAUAACUAUCCGGGAACAGUAUGUAGAUAUGUGUCCCGACUCGGAAAAACAAUUACAUGUGUCUUGGUCUGCAAUGGAGUAGGCUUGGAGGUAAUGGAGCCAAGACAUAUGUAAUUGCUAUUUCAAGUAAGGACACAUGCUGUUUCUGGUAGCUAUAUCCAUUUUCAUUGUCGUUUAAUUUAAUACUAAAUAUGUAAUCAACAAUUUAAACCCAACCAUUGUUUGGUUUUGCGGUUAUUAGCGCAAGUAAUUGCAAAGUUUACUGAUGAUGGACUGAUAACUCCGAAAACGUUCAUUCUGAACAAUAAUUAACUGUUGUAAUCCAUUUGCAUUUUUAAUUACACAUUUAUACCAAUUACAACAGAAGUGUUCACUUUAAGUUGUGGCGACACGCUUCAAUUACUAUUUUGCUAAUUUUAAUUUUUAAUAAAAUUCACAAACCAUAUGCGUAAAGGGCCUGUUAAAUUUUAAGAAACGAAAUAUAUCAGUAUUCAGAUAAAACGCCUUCUCAGCUUAUAAAGCACCAGAUGAUGAUGGCCUGUUCAGUUUAUGUAUGGGAAACGCAAAUUCCAUAAUAGAUUACGGGACGAUAAAGGGCCAGCCUCCUUAUGUCAAUAAAUCAGUCUUCAACUUCUUUAAAAACCACAGAAAUGUAAAACUAAUGUUUUUAGUUCAUCCACAGGCAGUCUGACACAAACCCUCGUCCCGCGAAGAAUAACAAACCCUCUUACGAGAUAUAAGCACGCCUUUUUAACCAAAAAUAAAUAAAAUAUUUUAUUGUUCGUUGUCUUACACUUAUUUUAAUUUCAUUUAAUCGAUUCCGUAAACGGCCAACGGAACAAAGUAGUUUUAACUAAAUGGUAUACAGCCAAUUCCCGGCAACUAUCUCAAUUUAGAUUUUAAUUUUGAUCAGUUGUACAAUUAUUGUUGACACUCCUUUGUGAUAAUUUUCGCCAAAUACUAAACGAAAUUACAGUAAAAAAGACUGUCUCACUAUUAUCAAAGAUCUUAGGGAACACCCUCUAUAUUGUUACAAUUUUGGGCUCUUCUCGAUUUCCUCCUUUGUGCAAUAUAAGGGUUUGAAGGUAGUAAAAGAUAAUUACGUUUUUUUAUUAAUUUCGUAGCAACAUUAACAUCCUGUAGAAUUCUAGAGAUUUGAAAUUAAAAAAUCUGUUUAUAUUUGUUCCGGUGGUGGGUGUUAACGGAAUCAAUUAAAAAUAAGUGUAAACAACGAACAGUAAUAUUUGUUUUAUUUUUGGUUAAAAUGCGUGCUUAUUCAUCACUUAAGAGGGUUGUUUAUUGUUUUGGGGCAGCGAGGGUGCGUCUGAACUGCCUGCCUGCUAUGACGAUACUGAAGAGACCAUAACACGGUCAUCAUGUUUGUGGUUUUACAAUAUGGCUAGAAAAGGCAAUAAAUUACUACAUCUGGCGUUUUAAAAGCUCAGAACCUUUCUGUAGCUUUAAGAGACGUCUUUGAAUGCAUUUCCAAAGUGCGUUGACAUAAGGUCUGAUAAGGUAAUUAAUUUAUGGGGAAUUCAGUUUGUCAAACUGAACACACGCAAAACAUAAUAUGGUUAGGGAUACAUUUCGUUUCGUAAAACUUCUUAGCAUCUGGUUUGUAUAUUAAAUGUGAAUUUUAUAUGACCGUUUUUGAGAAAAGUUAUUAAAAAAUAAAAUUAGCAAAAAUAGUAAUUAAAGCGUGUCGCCACAUAUUCAAACAAUUUUAAGUAUAGCUACUAUUAUCCAAACUUCUUAAAAUAGCGAAAUAUUUAAUUUUGGUAUACAGGAUUGGAAUAGACUAUUUUGUGAGUGUAUUAUACUUCUUAAAUGGAGCACUGAAUUUAAACAGAAUGUUUGAUUAUGCAUCUUUUAAUCAGAAUAAUGUAUUUUUGACUAAAUUUCCUAUUUGAAUUUGUCGCAAAAUGUCAUAAAGGAGUGUCAGUGGGUAUUAAAAUAAUGAUGAAAAUUCGUUUUUAAAUGUUUAAAUAAAACACCCGGUAUCGCAUAUAUUAGCAAACUAUUUUGUAUAUCGUCAAGUUUUGAUAUCAAAAUUAGAUAUUUACACAUAUAUUAAUUAAACACCCUGUAUAUCUAAUUGUAAGACUUUUGGGUGUGUGGAUAUUUUUUUACUGCAAUGUUUUCGUAUUUUUAAAGCACUACGCAUUUAAUUAAUUCAUUGAAUCAACUUAUGUAAUUGAAUCUAUAUAAUAGUAUCAAUAAAAUAAUUUUUAUACGUUUUUUUUGUGUUUUUACAGUUUUUAGUUACAAUUUCGUAACGAAAGUAAUUGUGUGAUAAAGGAAAUAUUUUAUUCAUAUUGGACAUUUGUUUUGGGAGAAAACAAAGUUUUCGUAUUUUGCAAGCUAUUUUAAAUAUCCUCUGGAUCUGGUUAUAAAAUCUGUAUUUAACUUCUUCUAACAAUAAAAAGAUAACCUUCCUCUGAGGCCAAGCUAAAGGAUAUUUUAAUUGAGGGGGCCAGACGUAAAAGGGUUUAAGUGCAGUUUUGAUAGUUCUGAGAUAAUCAGCUUCAAAGUUGUUUGAGUUUUAUAAAUUCUAGCAGUCAUUAAACUAAAAUAUGUCUAGUGUACAAUGUACUAUAAAAUGAUAAAAAUAUAAGGGUAUAUUAUUACUAUUACUAUAUCUUUCCUUUUUUUUUCAAUUAUUAAAAAAAUGUACUUGAAUCGGUGUAUGGUGUUGAUAAAUGUUACUGGAAAAACGGUUCAAGUGCAGAUGUUAACUACGUAUUACUAAUCAUUUUUGUCCCAGCUGUUAUCCACCGUGUAACUACAUCUGGCACGUUGCAUAAUACUUAAUUAGUCUUUAAAAUUUGUCACAAAUCUAAUAUUUAUUUACUUGAAAUUAAUCCUGUAUUAACAUGUGUUUACACGUUACAGAAUACUAAAAAUUGUUUUGUGGUAAAAUGGUUCAAGCGCACUUCAACCCGUUUAUUACUAUUUGUUUUUACAGAAAAGUAAAAAUAGUUUUGUGGUAAAACGGUUCAAGCGCACGGUUAAACCUAUUUACUACCAAAGCAAACUGCAAUUGUUUUCAGUGAACUAAAUGUAAUGAUGAUAGGUGGCGACUGUAGGGUGAAAUAUGCUUAAAUCGUUUUACGAACAAGUUCUAAUACCAUUUAAGUAUGCGAAUCUGUACUUAGAGUAAAAUUUUAAAAAAAGUGCACUUAAGCCCUUUUACUUCUAACCCCCUCAAUUAUGGGUUUCCUUGUUUUCAGGUAACACGUCGUAAGUUUUUUAAACUUACUAAACAGUGCUGGGCAAUCGCGUACAGUGCUGGGCAUAGGCCUCCCUUAGUUCUUUGCCGUGUUAUCUACACAAGAUUGCUUGUAGCCGGUUUCCCGCAACUCUUACGUCGUCGGUCCAUUUAGUCGGUGGUCGUCGUCAGAUUUUUUACAGUUUCUGGGCCUCCAUUCCACGAUUCGUCUUGUCCACUGUCCAUUUUGUGUUCUAGCUAAGUGCCCUGCCCAGUUCCACUUAAGUGUCGUGAUUCUUUCGAUGAAGUUUUGAACUGAUCUUGUCUGAUUUGUUGGUUUGUUAUGUGGUCUCGAAGGUUCUCGAAUUCUAAGCAGCUUUCUGUGACACCACAUUUCAAAAGACUUCACAAGAUUCAGAGAUCUCACUUUAAGUGACUAGGUCUCAAUUUUGUACAUCAGAAUUGGCCAUAUGUAGCAUUCCAAGACCCGAAUUCUAAUAGUCCAUGUGGUGAGACCGCUCCCGUCUGAAAAAAUUUCUGAUUCGGUUUCUUUGUGGAUUCCUAUUUAAAAAUGUCCUCUUUAAACAAAUCUGAAGGGUGCCGGGCGGAAUUUUUGGCCAGACAUUGUUUAAACAAUUUUUUUAAACAAAUACAAAAGAUGACGUUUUUGCUCUGGAACAUAUAUUUUUGGGUUUUUUGGGUCAUUCUAAACAAGAAAGGUAUCUUGUAAUUUUUCUCAAAAAUUGGUAGUUUUCGAGUUAUAGGCGAUUUAAAAUCUGAAAAAUGCGAAAAUACGCAUUUUCGAAGUUUAAAAUCUCAUAUCUAAAUUAGUAUUUUUGAGGUUGCCAGGUACUUAAAUUAAAGACUAAACAUUCAGCUUCAAGAUUCUGAUGAGUGAUCGCGUCUAACCUUAAUUUAUACUGUUGCUUUUAAAUUGUUAAAUAUGCGUGUUUAUCCUAAUUUUUUGCCGGUGCGGCGCGCUCUAUAUCAAAAAUCUCCUAUUUUCCUCCGAAAAAUAAUUUUUCUAGAUUCUUUGGGAUAUCUAAAUAAAAUAAGUUUCUUGACAUUUUUCUCAAAAGUUAAUAGUUUUAAAGUUAUAAGCGAUUUAAAAUCCGAAAAUACCAAAAAACGCAUUUUCGGAUUUUAAAUCGCUUAUAACUUUAAAACUAUUAAGAAAAUGAGAAAAAUGUAAAGAAACUUAUUUUAUUUAGAAUGUCCCAAAGAAUCUAGAAAAAAUAUUUUUCGGGGAAAAAUAGGAGGUUUUUGAAAUAGAGCGCGCCGCCCGGCAGAAAAAUCGGAUGUACAUGCAUAUUUAACAAUUAAAAACCAACGGUUUAAAUUAAGAUAACACGCGAUGACUCUUCAAAAUCUUGAAGCUGAAUGUUUAAACUUCAAUUUAAGUAUCUGGCAACCUCAAAAAUACUAACUUAGUGAUGAGUUUUUAAGCCUCGAAAAUGCGUAUUUUCGCAUUUUUCAGAUUUUAAAUCGUCUAUAACUCGAAAACUAUCAAUUUUUGAGAAAAUUUACAGAUACCUUUCUUGUUUAGAAUGACCCACAAAAAUUAAAAAUAUAUGUUCCGGAGCAAAAAACGUGAUCUUUUGUAUUUGUUUAAAAAAAUUGUUUAAACCAUUUGUGCCCAAAAAUUCCGCCCGGAACCCUUCAGAUUUGUUUAAAGGGGACAUUUUUUUAAUAGGAAUCCACAAAGAAACCGAAUCAGAAUUUUUCCAGACGAGCGGUCUCACCACAUGGACUAUAAGGAUGAAAAAAACUUCACGACCAAGGAGGUAUUUAUCACAUUCAAGGCAUUCCGAGUAGCCAUUGCUGCUCUUAUCUUCACUUACAGGUCAGAGUUCCUCUUGAUGUUUAAUGUAGCUCCAAGGUAUUUAAAACUUUCAACCCAUUCAAUAGCUCUAUUAUUUAUAUUUAAAUAAGAUUGCAUAUUGGAUUGUCUGCUGAAUACCAUAUAUCUGGUUUUUGCUAUGUUGAUGUUAAGGCAUUCCCGUACUCCUCUCUCACUCCAUUUAAUAUAUUCACCAAAUAUUAAAGCUCCUCUAUAGCUAUAUUCUUCCUUGUUUUCAAUUGUCUAACUUUAUUUGCACCUCUGUUUCUUUAUACAGUCUUUGUGUUAUAUUCACCCAUUUCUCUCCAACGUGCAUUCUUCUCAUUGCUUUCCGAAUUGUUUCCUGGGAACGCUAUCAUAUGAUCUUUACAACUAGAUAAAAGUCAUGUGUUUCAAUAUUUUUCUCUUGUGUUCAUUCGUAUCACUUGUCUUAUUAUUUAGAAGGUACCAUGUAGAGCAAAAAAGUCUUAUGACAUUUUUUUCUAAAUUCAACCGUUUGGCCAAAAAACCAAAAUACAUUUUGGUGUGCAAAUUGAAAUCUGACAACUAUGUAUACAAAAAUCUAAAUAUAGACAAUCACAAUUCAAAAAUAGUUGCAGCAUUAGCCUUUAGUAUUUACAUUAAACCCUGUCUUCAUCCUAAACAAACAAACAAAUUCUUGUUUUGUUAUUUUCUAACAUGGGGUGGUAUAAUUAUUUUGCAGGUGUACCUGUCUGACCUACAUUUUUCUGGUGUCAAUAACCUAAAUCACUAACAGUUCUUGUACAGUGAUGCCAAAUUUUUUAAUUUAAUGAAAAUAAAAAAUUUUGCUUAUAUGGAGAACAAUGUAAUUUUUUUUGGAAACGGUUAACUUUAGAAAAAAAUGUUAUAGGACUUUUUUGUUCUACAUUGUGUAUUAUAUCCAUACCUUAAAGGAACGCACUAUUUUCGGGGACACCCUGUAUAGCCGAUUUUGUGUAUAGGCAUGCCAUAAAAUAACUAACGAAACGAUGUUUGAAAAGCUUGCUAGAGCGUCACAAGAUGACCAAUCUAUACAUCGUCAAGUUAUUAUACCAUCACAUUAAAGAAAAUUGUAACAAUUAAUGCGGUGGCAAAAAGCCGAUCAUCAACUUAACAAUUUUAUGUUGCACUGCUACAUUUGACGCGCGUAAUGAAACAAACAAUUUGCUCUCUGCAAAGCUCGCGUUAAGGUACAGCGCAUCAUCAAAUUGAUUCUUUAACUGUCGGUGAUUGUCUCAUCACACGAAAUAUCAUUUCUAUUUAAUGCAAUAGUCAAUUUUCAAUUGCAAAAGGCCAGCCAUCUUCGUCACGGUCUGAUAUUGUAGCUUGAGAUUUUUGAACAGUGUUGGGUUUAUUGUUGUGUUGCACAUCUAUAAACAGAAUGGAUAAAUAAAAUAUCAAUCCAGACAAAGGACACCGCACACAUCUUAUGGAAAAUAUAAUAUUCAAAUGAAAUAAAAUUUAAAUGAAUAGAUUCCAAUCAUUUCUUACCUUUGCACCAACUGUGAAUUUUAAAUAAUAACGGCGUAAAUUUAUAUAAAUAAAUCUAAAAUCAAAUGGGUAUGUACAUGAGUUAGAGAGAGAAAAGAGAUUUUGUGAAUGGGCAAUUCCUAAAUCGUUCUGCAGGUAUUAAGGUCUCUUAAAUUAACGCAUUUCCAGUGACGUACUGCAAAAUAAGGGUAACCCUCUCGCUGGGUUAAGCUGUUGUUCAAUAGCGACUAGUCUAAUCAUCAUAAUCAUCAAUCCGUACGCGUACACUGCUGGACAUAGGCCUCUCUCAGCUCUUUCCAUCUAUAUCUGUUUUGUGCGGCUUGCAUCCAGUUGCUUGCAUAUUCGGCUCAUCUGGUUGGUGGGCAUCCACUGCUCCGUACUGCUUCUUCUCAUGGCCUCCACUCGACAAUACGAUUUGUCCAUCGGUUGUCUGACAAUCUGGCGACGUGUCCUGCCAGGACAUUGUUCCAGAAUCUUGUUCAUUACCAUAUUUCGGCUCCAUAAGUGAGUACAACAGGCAACACACACUGGUCAAAGAUCUUUUGUGGCAUAUGGGUAAGUCCGAUUUAAAUAUAUAGUUCAGUUUACCAAACGCUGCCCAGGUUAAUCCUAUGCGACGUGGGAGCUCACACGUCUGGUUAUCUCUUCCCAACCGAAUUUCAUGUCCCAAGUACUUACAAGAUGCAGUCUGCUCAAUAUCCAUUUCAUCAACAAUAUUACGAUUUAGCACCAGAUUAGUCAUUAUUUGCGUCUUGUUGAUGUUAAUCUUUAGUCCGACCUCUAAGGAAGCGUGAUAUAAUUUGUUCAACAUUAUUAUUGCAUCAUCCAUACGAUCGGCUAUAAGGACGAUGUCAUCUGCGAAUCUCAAAUGACUGAGCUUCUCUCCAUUUAUGUUGAUACCAUAUUCGUUUAGAUCGGCCUUCUUAAUAAAAGUGUGUUCAAAAAGAGAUGUGAAUAGCUUUGGUGAGAUGGUGUCUCCUUGCCGUACUCCUGGCUGUAUACAGAAUUUAUUUGUUUGUUGUUCAGAUACUAACUGACUAGAGACUAGACUAAUAGUAUUUACGAAUAUGACAGUUUUAAGAACUUCAAAAAUGUGAUUUCCAUAAAUUUUAAUUAAAAUUUAGGCCAUUAUUAAUCAAAAUUGACAGUUGGCGCAAUGAUAUAAAAAUGAUUUUUCGAGAGGAAUCUAUUCAUGUAAAUUUUAUUGCAUUUUAGUGACAUUACAUUUUCCAUAAGACGUGUGCGGUGUCCUUUACACAAUAAUUGGCGCAGUCAUUUAUUUGCAUGUGGGAUAAAACAUUGCAAAAUAGGUAAUUCAAAUGAUGGUUUGAUUUAAUUGCGAGAUUACAAUGGAGGACAUGUGUGUUUUUUAAUUUUUAGUUUUACUUUAGUCGUUGUAAUAAUGAAAAGCAACAGCCUAUUUGGUUGCGGUGGUUUUACGAAAUAUUUAGAAUUAAAAGUAUACGUAAAAUGGUACGAGUUUUAAGGACAUAUCUCAAAGAAUGUUUCGCAUUCUUCUACUUUAAAUUUUAUAAGUGUUUAUUGUUGUGAACAUGCUUAGCAAUAUGAAACUCAAAGCACCAUUUAAUCUUAACGCUAGAUCUACUACUACGUACUGUACUGUCAUGUCUCGACAUUUUUUGGAAACAUUAAUAGCCUAAUAAAAUAAAAAAAAAAUCAAAAUGUAAUUUCGUACAGGUUGGAACAAAUUUUAUACCAAAGUUUAGGUCAAUACAAAAGAUAUUUUCAAGAAAGUAUUCAAAUCAUAUAAUGUGAUAAUUUUUUUAAUUAUUAAAAAGCAUCAAAUCACUUUUAGCAUCAAGUGUUAUACAUUUUAGAAAUGAGUACAAAGAGAAGAAUCCAAAUAUCAAAUAAAAAAGGUGGAAGUAAUUUAAAAAAAAAUAAGAGAUGAUACGGGGGAUGAGAGGGUGCCUUUCCCGGCAAGCUUAAAUAUGGCAUAAUUUUCCCCCUUCAAGUAUUAUUAGACGUCUUUUUGCAUUUUUUCUAAAAAUCAUUCAAAAGUUAUUUGUUGGAUAGUUUUAUCUGAAAAACGCUAUAAUUAUUUAAAUAAAUCAGGGGCUAAAUUUAAUUUAGUAAGUCUUAAAAGUGAAAGCUUUAUCCUUCAACUAUGCAGAAAAAAAUUAUAAAGACCUUCAUAAAAAUGUGAAUUACAUUUAAAAAAAGAAAAUAUUGUGCAAAAAUGACCCCUUUUUAAUUAUUUAAGUAAUGCUCCCCUUAUAUGAUUUGGAUACUUUCUUAAAAAUAUCUUUUUAUUGACCUAAACUUUGAUAUAAAAUGUGUUCCAAUAUGUAGGAAUUACAUUUUGAUUUACAUGUAUUGCAAUUUUAUUUUACUAGACUAUAAGUAAAGUAGUGCUACUAGCUAGCAGCUUGUAAACAUUGUUGAUUUAUUUGUUUUUUAUUUUACCAUUAAAGUUGUUUGGCAUAUUUAUGGGUAAUAUGGACUUUAUUAUACUUUGUUUAUGGGUUCAGGAUAUCUCAUCUGAAAAGAGCAACGGGAAAUUGUGAUAUUAUUAAAUUCGUUCAUAUUUGAGUUCAUUGCAGUUGUAGAAGAUGCCCAAUUUUCUUUUUUGUUCAAAAAUAAAAUAAAAACAUGAAAUUGAGAGACGUAGUUGAAAAUAAUUGUCCUAGUGUCGUAAUUCAACUUAAGUAGAAUCCGCUGAAUAGACGUAUCCAGUGCAUAUUAAUAUUUUUAAUAAUAAACAAUAUUCAUAGUAAAACUGAUUUUUUUAUUUAUACACACUAUAUUAAAAUAAUGAGUAAAUUUUCUCGACUAAUGCUAAAACGCCGUUAUAAAAACAGAAAAAAUUGUUCAGGAAAAGUGGGGAAUCAUAGAAAAAUAUUCUUAUGACAUUAAAAUCUGAAUUAAAUGCCCCAGACACCAGAUACAACAAUUUAAAAAUAUUUCUGAGGAAAAGUACAGUGUUUUUGAAUAUUAGUUGCUAAUUUGAAGUGGUUUGUUUGCUUCAAAAAUCUUAAACGUUCAAGAUUAGUUUGACUCUUAUUAAUUAUCAAACAAUUUGAUCAGAAAAACCGUAUUUUGAUAACUACGUGGUAAUAGAACAUUUUGGUGGCACUUUUAUAUUUCAUUCUAAAAAAACAAAGAGCUCUUCAAUGGCAUCCUUAGUUGAUACUAAGACACUUAUUUUUAGCUUACACGGUACUUUAGGACAAUUAGUAUUGUGUAAAACUUUUCGUGGUUCAUUACUUAGGUACUAUAACCGUUUCACCAGCACUUUGGUUUUGUUAGAUGUUAUAAAAUAUAUACUAAUAGCUAAAGUAAAUAGAUUAAGAUGUGUUAUUUUAGUGGCUACUUGAAUAAAUGAGAGUAACAAAAUUUAAGUUAGCAUUUAAAAUAUGUUGCCGAGCAACUAUAUUUUUAAACCUAACCUAACUUAACCUUAAAUUCCCCGUCAAAUUAAGACUGCCGUAAAGAUGUUUUCAUAUUUAAUCGCAAUAAUUGUUUUUAUGGCUGAUUAGAAAAAAUUGAGUUGCAUUAGCAUUUAAAUAAAAAAGAGCGAAUAAACCAAAUAUUGUUAACCAAAACAAAGUAUUGUUGUUUUAAAAUUUUUCACGCCAUCUUUUUAUGUCUCUUUCCCCACUGUUGAUAUAAUUUUCUGUCAUAUCUAGCUCUCUGACCUUAUUAAAGGUGUAAUAAGAAGUUAAGUCGAAGUUAAGUACCAUGUUCGUUGUGAACGUUGAUUAUUAACAUGGCAAUUUUGGCCUUGCUUAAGGCACUUCUAAAUAGUCGACCUAUGUUAGCAACCAUUUUCACAGAUUUUGGAGCCACCAGUAUCUUCUCAUGCCUGGUCAUAGCAUGCUGUCUUUUUUCCUAUUGACGUAGGCGGGACUGAUCAAGUCUCAAGAUGUGGCCUGGAUAUUCAAGUUUUCUUUGUUUAAUUGUGCUCACGUUUUUUUUUCCUGUACAAUCUAUGGAUUAUCUCUAUAUUGGUGACAUGUUCGGUCUAGGAGAUAAGAAAGAAUGCGUCGGCACACCCACAUUUCGAAUGCUUCUACUUGUUUCAUGACCGUCUCUGUCAGCGUCCAGACACCUUACAGUAAGAUCCGUAAAAUGUAGCAUUUAACUAGCCGUAGUAGGAAUAUUAAGAAUAUUAUCCUUAUAUUCCUUGCAUAUAACAAGCCUUUUACACAUGUGGUUAAAUACUCGUUCCAUUCUUGCCUUAAUUUCUUUGGCCUAUUCCUAUUUUUCAUUUACGUUGGUGCCAAGGUAAGCAUCCAUUUUGUCUUCUUGAAGUUGAGGUUCAGCUCAUAAACCUCACUGACUGCAUUAACCCUUUCCAUUGCCCGUUAUCAUUUAUCUGUUACUAGCAACAAUCACUGUUUUAUUGGUUGCUUUUUCCAGACAUGUUUUAAAUAUUUCUUGUAGAUAUGAAGAGGAGUAGGGGACAAGAUGGGCUGUUGGGCACAUCUUUUUGACCCCAGUAUAGGUUUGCCACAAUCCGAAUAUCCUUGACGUUAAUACACAAUUGUGUCUUUCGUAGAAUAUCUUUUAGCCGUUCAUGAUCCACAUCGUCAAAUGCUUUUCUAAAAUCCACAAAGCACAAAUACACAUCCUUAUUAAAAUAGUUAACAUGAUUUUAUAUAUUUUAUAAGGGAAGAAAUUAUACAAGAAAAGGUAAAUACCUUUUGAUGAACCGCUUGAAGCUUUAAGACCAAAUAAUGAAGGAUAAAACGUUUUAAACCUAGUAUCGUCUACUCAAUCUUUUCUUUAGAGUAAAGGUUCAAAAGUGUUUCUCUUAGGGACUACUGAGAUUUAACAAAUUGAAUUAGCUAUUAUUAAUGUUAAUAAAACAAAUCAUUUUACGAUAUUUUAAGGAUAUUUUAAAAAACUACAAUGUCAACGGCUGCUUGACAGUUGAAACAUUACACAGCUUUAGUUUCUUUUAUUAUCGUUAGGUAUAGGAAUUAUGUCAUUAUAGGUGUCAAAUAAAAAUUAAUUAAAAUAUGAUAUGAAAUAUCAUAAAUGUAAUAAAAUAUGAAUUGUUUGUGAUUUUGAACUAAAAAUGAAUGCAAUGUAAAUUAAAAACUAUAAACAAAUAAUAUUGCCAUAUUAUAGGAAAAAUAUCUUCUUCCCUAUAUCUAGGUUUGAUGCUAACUCUUUAUUGAUCCUCUUGUAUCUUUUUAUGGAAUUUCAGACAUACUAUAUUAGUCCAGGGCGCAUCUGUUUUGAGAUGGACGUUGAAAGGUGACUCAUAUUUUUUGCAGAAAUUUUUUGGAAGUAACUCAUAUUGUAAUAAGUGAGUUAUCCUUCCACUCAAACAGGUCCCGAACAUUGUUUAAAUAAUUAAAAUGUCAAAAAAUGAAGGAAAAAUUCGAUUUUGUUCUUCGUUUUUUGAUUAUAAUUUUAAAAGUAUUCACUUCCGAGAAAAGUUGGAAUGGCAUUAAAGUUGCGCAAUUAAAUUGCCUACAAUAUUGGAAUGGUUGCAAAUUUUAAAAAUUGUCAGCCUUGUUUCAAAACAACAAUAAUUGCGAAAUAAACCAUAAGAAAACAAGUAUUCGCAUUUUACGUUUUUCAACCAUUUCUGCUACACGUAAGACCUUCAUAUUUUACCCAGAAAAAGCAUAUAAUAUAAUAAAAGAAUACAGGAAAUUUCAUUAAGAUCGGUUUAAUAGAUUUUGCAAAAUAAAUAUUGCAACCCAGCUUUAGCAAAAAAAAAAUUAUUUUUUCAAAAUGUCGCAGGACUGAAAAUAAAGCAGAUAGCAAGUUGAAUUGUUUUGCAUAUAGAAGAAUACUGUACCUUUCAUUUGCAAUUUGUAAAAUUAAAAUCGGUUAACUAACACGGCGUCAGGAAUUUUUUUUAAAUAAACAUUAAUUUUUGGUGCUACGCUCAGGACAGCGGUGUUCGAUAACACACAAGUUGAUUUCCACCAAAAUUUCUUCCAAUGUUUAUCUUAGAUAUUAUUUUCUUUCUCUAUAUUUUGUUGUAUUUUAAUGUAUUAAUUCCACAAAAAUCAAAUUAAUUUGACUAUUGAUUGUGAUAUAUUGUUUAAACAAUUGCAGACAGUUUUUGCUAAAAAAGUGUUAUUUCAAAGGACAGAAUAUGUGUUUUUAUUUUGCAAUAAACAAAUGUAUUUAUUUAUAUCGAAAUGUACUAACAAAAAAAUUAUCGAUCAUUAUCAAAGGUCAUUGGAAUGCCCAAUCAGAGCAAACGUAUCCGCUUGGAGCACCAAAAAUUAAUGUUUAUUUAAAAAAAUCCUGACGCCGUGGUAGUUAACCGAUUUUAAUUUUGCAAAUUGCAAAUGAAAGGUACAGUAUUUUUCUAUAUAUAAAAAAAUUUCAACUUGCUAUCUGCUUUAUUUUCGGUCCUGCAACAUUUUGAAAAAAUGAAUUUUUUUGCGAAAGCUGGAUUGCAAAAUUUAUUUUACGAAAUCUAUUAAACUGAUCUUAAUGAAAUUUACUGUAUUGUUUUAUUAUAUCAUAUAGUUUUUCUGGAUGAAAUGUGAAGGUUUUAAGUUUAGCAUAAAUGGUUGAAAAACGUAAAAUGCGAAUACUUGUUUUAUUAUGUUUUUUUCGCAAUUAUUGCUAUUAUGCAACAAGGGUGACAAUUUUUUAAAUUUUUAGCUAAUCCCAUAUUGCAGGAAAUUUAAUUCCGCAACUUUUAUGUCAGUACAACUUUUCUCGGAAAUGAAUAAGUACUUUUAAAGCUAUAAUCAAAAAACGAUAAAAAAAAUCGAAAUUUUCCUUCAUUUUUUGACAUUUUGAGUAUUUACACAAUGUUCCGGACCUUUUUGAGUGGGAGGAUAACUCAAAUAUUAUUAUUUGAGUUAUUUUCAAGCAAUUUCUGCAAAAAAAUAUGAGUCACCUCUCAACAUCCAAAUGUACUAAUAUUUUUACAGAUGCGCCCUGGUCUAUAUGGAGAUCAUACGUUCUAACUUAUUGGUGACUUUUUGAAAUUUUCCAGUCCUUGUUCGGUUCGAUCUGCUAUUUCCAACUCUUUUAUUUCUACCUGAACCAUAACUUUCUUGGUCGCCCCAUUCUUUUUGCAAGCUUAACACGUCUCCCAACCAUUUAACGAAUUACCGAGUUCCCAACCGUCUACUUUUGGUUAGUUCAUCUCCAUUAUUUUUCUGCUGCGUUUAUAUAUCAUUGGAUUUUUCUUAGGAUCUACUUAUCAUAGAUCUACAUUUUUUUCUUCCUUCUGGUUCAUGAUCCAUAUUUCACAUGGUUACAGUUAUGUUGAUUGAGUUAAUGUUUCAUAUGUUCGUAUUCUGUACGCUCUAUACUCCUUUGUUGUCUUCAAUGAGUUGAUGAUCCCGAUGCUUUGCUACAUUUUAUGUCUUGUAUUCCUUCUUUCUUCGCCUUCUUUAUGUAUCACUGUUACUCCUAGAUACUCGAACUCUGCUUCUCUUCUUUCGGUGCUAUAUUAGGUACCCCUAACGUUAGCAAUUACAUUGACCAGUUGUUCACGGUCUUCAGCUAAUCGGAAUAGUUGUUCAGCACUGCGUAUUCUUGGCCAUCCUCUUCUAAGAACAUGCUGUAGGUAUGAAAUUUUUCUUAUUUUAAUACUUUUCAGUAACUCAUGAACGGAAUUUGCUCUAUUUAGUUCAGUUUCGUUGAUCUGGAUCGGCAUCCAGGUUAUUUGGGACACUCUUGUAUGCAACCACAUCUCAAAUGUCUCUAAGCGAUUGAUCGUAUCAGUCUUUAGAGUCCAGGUCUCAGUGCUAUGUAGUAUAUAAGUUCCACUUGAUCCAAGGAAUAUCCUUAAUAAUCAAUUUUAGAUCAAUAAGUCAAAAGGCACCAAAGUUGCAGGUAGCUUUCAAUGUAGAGGAUUUUUAUUGAAAUAGUUUUCUUGAAAUUUGGUAUAAGGUAUUUUCUCAAAUUGGGACCAGACUCAAAUCAAGGGUGCUCAAUAAAUAUUGUUCAUGGUUGACUGUUCACCUUGAGCUGUACGACAGUUUCGUAAUCUUCUCUGUUGGUUUAGGGCCACCAUAUGUAUUUCCUAGUUAAUAAUUGAUUUCGUUGAGUUUUAAUGUUAUAGUCGUUAUUAGGAAGAUUUUUUUUAUGAUUUUACGUUCUCGUGUGGGAAGUGGUUAGAAUAUACUGCCACAUUCUUCUCGUAGGUUUCUUGCAUGCUUUAAAAAUAUAAACAAAUUUUCAAUUUCGUUUAAAAUGAAAUAGAUCUAUAAUAAAAAAUAUUCACGAACGAUAUACAAGAAAUGGUUGAAUAUAACUAAAAUUAUAGAAAUAUUUAUUUUUUAUAUAUUUUUUAGAACAGCAUAUUUUGCCAAUUCUCUAUUUAUUUUCUCUCUGUUAUAUUUUAUAUUAACUCGAAUUUGUUACUGAGUUGAUUUUAGACGAAUGAUUCAGGUAUUAGUAAUUACUAAAUGAUUCUAACGAAAUUUAGGUAGAAUACAAAUCCGGAACUCAAGUUCUCGAUUUGUGCCUUUAUUUAUAAUGUUUCAAUUCAAUAUCGUGUUUACUGACUUUUUUGUUACAACAUGCUUUUUAAUUAGUACAAGAAAAGUAGGAAGCAGUUAAAAAAUAGGUAAGGUUAGCGCCAGUUAGGAAGAUAUAAAGCCAUGCAACUACUAUAUCCUAAACAGAGCGGUCUCAUGCUUUUUAUAUUAAUAAAACACUUACCAAAACAAAUCAUUUAUUCUUCCUCAUGAUGACUUUUCCGGUUCUCUAAAAUUGACAAGAUGUACUGCUAAUUCUUCUCUUUUCUUCCGAACGACGUUUUGCGAAGCAUUCCAACACAUUUCCUCCUAAAUUCUGUGCUCUCUUAAAUAUUACUUACCUUUAUGCCCUAAAUGAAAGAAUUUCUCGCACUUUGGCAAAGCCGGGUCGGUUUGAAAUAUGAUAUUACGGAUCUACAUUUCAAAUGGUUCUAUUUCUAUCUAUUUUUGUUAAGACCUUUAAAUACCCUUAUUGAAUUCUCUUUGGAGGACUUCUUCUUUAAGUGCUAUCUGCGCGACGGAGCUCAGUAAUCAUCAUAGCUAUACGGACUUGACAGACGGCUGCUCUGAAAAGUUCAUUUGAUGUACAUCAAGUUGCGCAGCCACGAUAUUCUGCGUCUCCCUAUGCUUCUUUUUUCUUUAAUCUCCCUGCAUAAUCUUGAACCAAGUUGUAAUUGAGAUUUCAAUUUUUUUAUUUAUCUUUCUCAGAACCUCUUUGCUGUGACGUAUUCUAUCCACGAUAUUUUCAGAAUUCUUCUAUACGUCCACAGCUCGAAUGAUUCAAGUUUUUUCAUUGAUGCCGCAUUCAUGGUCCAAGCUUCCACUCCAUGAAACAAAGUCGAGAAAACGAUGGCCAACCUAAAUUUUAGCUCCAACUUCAAAUCUUGUGCAGAGCACUCUUAUUUCUAGUUAAAAUUUGCUCUAGCAUUUUCUAUUCUGAUUUUAAAUUCCUUGAAGUAAUCAUUUGUGGAGUUGGUCAUUGUUCCAAGAUAUGCUUAUGCAUUGUGUAGUAGGUUUCGAAGCAGACAUGACACUUUGGCAAUGUUGAGGGGGUAAGAGUACGGGUUCGCCCAAUAUUCUACUGGUUACCUACGCCACUGGCCGUGUGCCGAACCGAACACAACAAACCAGUCAGGUUGAAAAGACACUUAGUAACACUUUGCGCAAGUGGCAACACUAUCUGGCGCUUACUGUAUCCUAACGGUAAUCCAAAGUGCAACAUAUAUACCUCUUGUUUAUAGUAAUUUUACUUAUUGAAUAAAAUGUAUGCCAAACAGUUUUACUGGGCUGUACGUUGGGUAACAAUCAUAUAAAAAUUAAAAAAGGUCCGAGAGGUCGAAUAAUGAUUUAAUCAAUAUUUAUGUAAUUCUUUCGGUUUCUAAAUAGUCGCAAAAGUAAUUGUAGUUGUUAGGUAAACACAUAAAUGUAUUAAAUUAAAUUGUACAAUAAAGGUUAUACUCUUUUCUA